CCCAUCUUCCUACACACACAUAGACACCUCCAUUUUCCUUAUAAACAAAUCCCACUUCUCUUCUUUUCUUCCCCAAAAAAGAAAGAGAAGAAAAACACCCACAUUUGUCUACUUACAUGCAUGUAAUUUUGCAGGAGUGCAUUAAUUAGACCUCAAAGUUUUUAGUUUUACGCAAAAGAGUCCUCGAUUGUUUUUUUUAUAAUAGACCUCCGCGUUCUCACCUGUCUUUCUACCUGGGCGGUCACUCUGCCACGCUAGAGAAAUUUCACUAAGCCAAGAUGGGUUACGGUAGACUCGGGCGAAAGGAAUCCGACCCGGGAGAAGGGUCCAGUAAUUCAUUUACUAUCAACCAACCACAGCACGCCACGUCACAGGUUUCCCCGACGAGAAAAAAGAAAAUCAUCUUCCUUACCAUCUUCUCUGUCGUAUUGAUAGCCGCCUCCGCCGCCUCCGCCGUGAUCCUCCUCGGGGUCCGAGAUAAGGCUUCUGGUCAAUCCGACCCGAACAGUCUUACUCACCGGAAACCAACCCAGGCUAUCUCCAAGACAUGCAGCAAGACUCGGUUCCCGGCCCUUUGCGUCAGCUCGCUCCUCGACUUCCCUGGCUCAAUGACUGCGUCCGAGUCAGACUUGGUUCACAUUUCCUUCAACAUGACUCUUCUGCACUUGGAUAAAGCUCUAUAUCUCUCCUCGGGAAUCUCCUAUGUCAACAUGGAGACACAUGAACGGUCAGCAUUUGAUGACUGCCUCGAGCUACUGGAAGACUCCAUAGACGCCCUCACUCGGUCCCUCUCCACCGUCUCACCAUCCUCCGGCGGUGGUGGAUCGCCGGAGGACGUAGUGACGUGGCUGAGCGCAGCGUUGACGAACCAGGACACAUGUAGUGAAGGAUUCGAAGGAGUUAACGGAACUGUUAAAGAUCAGAUGACAGAGAAGUUGAGGGAUUUGACGGAGCUGGUCAGUAACUGUUUGGCGAUAUUUUCCGCGACUAAUGGAGGCGAUUUCUCUGGAGUGCCGAUACAGAAUAAGAGGAGAUUAAUGACAGAGGAUGGGGACAUAUCGGAAGAGGACAAUUUCCCGAGUUGGUUAGGGAGGAGAGAGAGGAGACUAUUAGGCCUGCCUGUAUCGGCCAUACAAGCCGAUAUUAUCGUAUCGGGAGAUGGGAGCGGAACGUUCAAGACAAUAUCGGAGGCGAUAAAAAAGGCGCCUGAGCACAGUAAUCGGCGGACGAUAAUUUAUGUGAGGGCAGGAAGAUAUGUAGAGGACAACUUGAAAGUUGGGAGGAAGAAAUGGAAUUUGAUGUUCAUCGGAGAUGGGAUGGGAAAGACAAUAGUUACAGGAGGCAGAAGUGUUUUUAACCACAUCACCACAUUCCACACAGCAUCCUUUGCUGCAACAGGAGCUGGUUUUAUUGCUCGUGACAUGACAUUUGAGAACUGGGCUGGUCCAGCCAAGCAUCAAGCUGUGGCUCUUCGAGUUGGUGCAGACCAUGCUGUGGUCUAUAGGUGCAGCAUCAUUGGUUACCAAGACACCCUCUACGUGCACUCAAAUCGCCAAUUCUACAGGGAAUGUGACAUUUAUGGGACUGUAGAUUUCAUAUUCGGCAAUGCUGCAGUUGUGUUACAGAACUGUAGCAUUUAUGCCCGUAAGCCAAUGGCCUCCCAGAAAAACACCAUCACUGCCCAGAAUCGGAAAGACCCGAAUCAAAAUACUGGCAUAUCAAUCCAUGCUUGCAGGAUCCUUGCCGCGUCGGACCUCGCACCGUCAAAAGCUACCUUCCCGACAUAUCUCGGCCGUCCAUGGAAGCUGUACUCUAGAACUGUGUACAUGUUAUCAUUCAUGGGUGAUCACAUUCAUCCAAGAGGGUGGCUCGAGUGGGACGCAUCAUUUGCACUGAACACCUUAUACUAUGGUGAAUACAUGAAUUAUGGACCUGGUGCGGCGGUCGGGCAAAGGGUAAAAUGGCCCGGGUAUCGGGUCAUCACAUCGACCGUCGAGGCAAAUAAAUUCACUGUGGCACAGUUUAUUUAUGGCUCAUCUUGGUUACCUUCUACAGGGGUGGCAUUUUUAGCUGGACUUUCAGUUUAAAAAACACUUUUUGUACCAUAUAGCUCGAUAUAAGUGUUCUUAAUUGCCAUAAAUGGCUAUAGGCUUUUCUACUCUGAUUGUAAUUGUAUGCAAGUGUUAAUUUUUCUGUACUAUUUUUACUCAUAUAUAGUGCAAUUACCAUAGCAACGAUCUA